GAAAGGCUCGAUCCAGCGGGAGCGGGGACAGCCCCCCGGGGUGGGCCGCCUGGGCCCCGCACAGUGGCAGCGAUGCGUGCUUCCAGGGAGGAUGAACAGGAGCGUGCCACCCAGGGACCGUGUCGCCUGAGACCCCAGUAUGCAGGCCUUCCCGCAAGGGCCUGGCAGCUGGACAAGGUGAAAGCAGAGUGUGCCUGGCUUAGCCACGCGCUCACCACAGUGACCAGAGAACGCGAUUCGGCCGUGAAGGACAGACACCAGCUCCAAGCCAAGCUGGAGAGCCUGGAAGAGGUCCUAAAGCACAUGCGAGAGGCCGCUGAACGGCGGCAGCAGCUGGAAUUGGAGCAUGAGCAAGCCCUGGCUGUUCUCAACGCGAAACAGCAAGAGAUCGACCUUCUGCAGAAGGCUCAGGUUGAAGCUAAGAAGGAGCAUGAAGGUGCCGUGCAGCUGCUAGAGAGCACCUUGGACAGCAUGCAGUGCAAGGUGCGGGAGCUGGAGGAGAAGUGCCGGGCACAGAGCGAGCAGUUCCGCUUGUUGUCGCGGGACCUGCACAAGUUCCGGCAGCACGCGGGCCACGUCGACCUGCUGGGUGGCAGCCCCGGGGCCUCUGCGGACGUCCCCUCGACCCCCAGCAAGCCUUUCCCACAGCUCGUGAAUGGAAUAGCCCCCUCCAUCGGUGCAGGUCAGGAGAGCUCCCUGGGAAGCCGCGCUGCCAUUGCUGAAUACAUCCGGUCCCUCCCGCUCCCCAGCGACAGGCCAGAGCCUCUGUCCGUCAAGCCCACCUGUCUGUCAAGAUCCCGAAGCCUAAGAUGCAGAUUUGAGCUAGACAUGGACAAUGAACGGGACUCCAACACCUCCAAGCAGAGGGGCUCGGGGAAGGUGCACCUGUGUGUCGCCCGCUACAGUUACAACCCCUUCGAUGGGCCGAAUGAGAACCCAGAGGCCGAGCUGCCCCUCACGGCGGGGAAAUACCUCUACGUCUAUGGGGACAUGGAUGAGGACGGUUUCUUUGAAGGCGAACUACUGGAUGGGCAGAGGGGCCUGGUGCCCUCCAACUUUGUGGAUUUUGUCCAGGACAACGAGUCUCGAUUCAGCACCCUGGGGACUGAACAGGAUCAGAACUUCAUCAACCGUUCCGGCAUCGGCCUGGAAGGGGAGAACAUUCUGGACCUGCACUCCCCGCCUCACCUGGACAUUGGCGUCACUGACAACGGUGUCGGGACGCUGGACGUGAACAUCGAUGAUAUUGGAGAAGACGUCGUGCCUUACCCUAGGAAAAUCACCCUCAUCAAACAACUCGCCAAAAGUGUCAUUGUGGGCUGGGAGCCGCCGGUGGUGCCGCCGGGCUGGGGGACCGUGAGCAGCUACACGGUGCUGGUGGACCAGGAGCCGCGCCGCAGCCUGGCCCUGGCCGGCAGGACUAAGGCCCUCGUGGAGAAGCUCAACAUGGCGGCGCGCACCUACCGCGUGUCGGUGCAGUGCGUCACGAGCAGGGGCAGCUCGGACCAGCUGCAGUGCACGCUGCUGGUGGGCAAGGACGUGGUGGUGGCCCCUUUGCACCUGCGGGUGGAUGGCAUCACGCAGACCGCCGCCCAGCUGUCCUGGAUGCCCAGCAACAGCAACUACAGCCACGUGGUCUUUCUGGACGAGCAGGAGCUGGACGUGGUCAAGGCCGCCAGCUACAAGUACCAGCUCUGCAACCUCAGGCCCAACACGGCCUACAAGGUGAAGGUCCUGGCCAGGCCCCACCAGGUGCCCUGGCAGCUGCCGCUGGAGCAGAGGGAGAAGAAGGAGGCUGUCGUGGAGUUCUCCACGCUGCCCGCAGGUCCUCCUGCUUCCCCACAGGAUGUCACCGUCCAGGCUGGGGCCACCCCAGCCAUGGUCCACGUCUCCUGGAGGCCGCCCGCCCUGACCACCACCGGGCUGUCCAACGGAGCCAAUGUCACGGGCUACGGCGUGUAUGCAAAGGGGCAGCGGGUGGCCGAGGUCGCCGCCCCCAUGGCGGACGGUACCGCCGUGGAGCUCGUGCGGCUACGGAGCCUGGAAGCCAAGGGCGUGACCGUGCGGACCCUCUCCGUCCAGGGCGAGUCCGCGGACUCGGCCAUCGCUGCCAUUCCCCCUGGCCUCCUGGUGCCUCCCGCUCCUCUGAGAACUGCUCCCACCCCGAAGCCAUCAGCAAGUGCCGGAGUCCCCGAUACCAAAGAUGACCGCCUGGGUCCCCACGUCAGAGUGGACGAGGCCUGGGAGCAGAGCCGGGCGCCGGCCCCCACCCACGGGCACAUGCUGGAGCCGCCCAGCCUGGGCCCUGGGCGGCGCUCGCCAUCCCCCAGCCGUAUCCUCCCACAGCCACAGGGGACCCCGGUGUCCACCUCCGUCGCCAAGGCCAUGGCCCGGGAAGCUGCCCAGAGAGUGGCGGAGAGCAGCAGGUUAGAGACAAGGAGCGUCUUCCUGGAGAGGGGCGGGCAGUACGCCAACUCCGACGAGGAGGACGGCUACGAGUCCCCAGACAUCAAGAGGAGAGGCACNGCUGUGUCCCCUUUCUGUCCCCAGCCGCACUGUUGCCAUGGAGAUGAGUACCACACUGAGAGCAGCCGGGGGUCCGACCUCUCGGACAUCAUGGAAGAGGACGAGGAGGAGCUGUGCUCGGAGAUGCAGCUGGACGAGGGGGGCAGGCGGCGGCCCAGCGGCACCUCCCACAGUGCCCUCAAGAUUUUAGGAAACCCAGCGUCUGCAGGACGGGCUGACAGGGCAGACCACGCGGGCCGGCGGUUUCCCCACGGCAGUGCUGGCACGCAGAGGUCCCGGCCGAUGAUGGUCCCGGCCAUUGAUGAGUACGGCCGAGACCGGCUGUCCCCGGACUUCUACGAGGAGUCAGAGACGGACCCCGGAGCCGAGGAGCCUGUGGCGCGAGUCUUCGUGGCCCUCUUUGACUACGACCCUCUCAGCAUGUCCCCCAACCCUGACGCUGCAGACGAGGAGCUGCCCUUUAAAGAGGGGCAGAUCAUCAAGGUUUACGGCGACAAAGAUGCAGAUGGCUUCUACCGUGGGGAGACCUGUGCCCGGCUCGGCCUCAUCCCCUGUAACAUGGUCUCUGAGAUCCAAGCUGACGACGAGGAGAUGAUAGACCAGCUUCUCAGACAGGGCUUCCUCCCUCUCAACACGCCUGUGGAGAAAAUAGAGAGGACCAGGAGGAGCGGCCGUCGGCCAUCGGUGUGCACGCGCAGGAUGGUGGCGCUGUACGACUACGACCCGAGGGAGAGCUCGCCCAACAUCGACGUCCAGGCUGAACUUACAUUUUGCACGGGAGAUAUUAUAACUGUUUUUGGUGAAAUUGAUGAAGAUGGAUUUUAUUAUGGGGAGCUGAAUGGGCAGAAAGGCCUCGUCCCCUCCAACUUCCUAGAAGAAGUGCCUGACGACGUCGAAGUGUACCUUUCGGACGCCCCGUCGCACUGCUCACCAGAUACGCCGAUGCGUCCAAAGGCUAAAAGGAAGAAGAGUGUUCAUUUCACACCUUAAUCAGGCAGUGUUCCUUCACGUAAGUGAGCAGCCGAGGAUACCUAUAAAGAUACCUCCUUAAGCUACCUUACUGGCUAAUGCGGUAGACUUAAAGAAAUAUGUCUUCACGAAAGCACUGCACUUUGAGUCAGGGUAGCGCUUGGUCUCAGUUGUAAAGCAACUGAGCGUGUAGUGCAGUGACUCGUCUCCCCCAAACCUGUCCUCUCCACAGUGAGGACAUUUCGAAGGCCAGCACUGGGGACAUAUUUCUGACCAGGCUAAUUGUUUGUCUGCACAGAGUCGCCCAGGUCUACUUGUGCUUGAAGCUGCAUGUUGCAUUGUUAGCCCCUCCUGGAAAAAGCACAACCCAAUCAAAAUGUUUACUGUAGUAAAUUUCUUGGCAAAGCAUCACUCGUGGUCAGGCCCAGGAGCAUGACCACGAGGGGACGAGCUGGCUCUGAGCACCGCACGUGCUGGCGAGUUGACCGCGCGCGUUUUUCUGCAGCGGCCGAGCCUGUCUCGCGAGGGCGCUCAGCGUCUCCUCGAAGCCCCAGCGAGUGCUGUGAGCACAGAGGCUGGUGGAGAGUGGCAUGCUGGCUGCCAGUGCUGGACCAGGUUCUGGGGCACGCAGCUCAAACCAUCGCAUUAGACGGAGUAGCUGGUAUCUUCAGGUGGCUUUGGGUGCUUGACAGGUGUUCCCAUUAGAGUCGGACCUUGAUUUCAAGUCCAAGUCCAAGCCCCUUGCUUCUGUCAUUUGCCUGCUGGUAAUGAACACUCAUGGGGAGUGCAGGUAGGCGGCGGGGGGCACGGCCCCGGGCACUGCUGGGGAGGCACGGCGUGCCGGGACGGACACGCGCCCACUGGCGACACAAGUCCCGCCUCAGUCACUGGGGAAUCCUGGCGGCAGCCGCUAAGGGCCCCUUAAGCUUCCUUUGAUUGUAAUUAAGGUUCAUUUUAGUUUUUGUUUUUUUUUUCUUUCGACCGGUGUGCCAUCUCCAAUGUUUCUAAACCAGGAAUGCGCUCGACCACACCAGGGCUCACAGACCCGAGUCGUUUUCAGAGACGACAAAGCCCCCUUUAAGAACGUUCGUUCGCUUUUAAGAUUUCU